ACAGAUCAUUUGUUAAUUGAUAAGUUACAUUUCGGUACACACACCGGCAUUGCAAUAGUAUACAAGUGUUGUGUGAAAAUAGUUUUUCAUCUUUAACUAUAAGAUGAAAUUUAACAUAAUUUUAUCAACAUGUCUUAUGUUGAUAAUAUUCACAUUCCAACAGACAACAUUUGUAAAUUGUACCGAUUAUUCAGGAAUCGAUCCAGUAGCUGAAACCGGCUUACCACCAUUAAUUUCAGAAUUAAAUAAAAAAUUAACAGUAUGCGAGGAGUUAAAACAAUUAACUGAUGAAAAAAUUCAAGAAUUCUGUAAAAGCACGGAAUAUAGUGUGUACAUGAAAUGUGUUGAAUAUAAUAAAAAAAAAUUCCAAGAACAAAAACGUCGCAUGAAACGACAUACGGAUUGCGACUUAGAUUGUGAUCAGGAUGAUAUAUGUGAUAAUAAUAUUUGUCAGAAUUCAUGUCGUUCUUGUGGGAAUGAUUGUAAUGAAUGUAAUUCGUGUAGCCGUUGUACAUCACAAACUUGCUGUCACAGACAUUGUCAUCGCCAAUGUAUAACUACGAGUUGUCGCCGUGCAUGUGUAAACAAUUGUGUGAAUACGACGAGUACGUCAAAUAAUGCCCCAAAUAUCUCUCAUACGAGUAAUACAACUGUCUUGAAUUCGUAUAAUUUGACGACCUCAAUUAAAUUUACGAAUUAUAUUAAUACUUCAAAUGUUGUUGAUAUUCCCAUCAAUAUUAACACAACGAAUAUCAAUAAUAUUACGCUAACCGAACAAGUAUCAAAUACAGAACGUCAGGGUCAGGAACUAUGUUGCUACAUAACAACUCCAACAGAAUGUGUUAACAUCACUGUUGCUCCUUACGUACAAUGUAUUCAUCGUCGUCAUAAAGUAUGUGGUCAAGAAUGCUAUCAACCAGCACCUCCACCACCUCCACCGGUAGUCAUUCGUGUUCCAUAUCCAAUUCCUCAACCGUAUACAGUAGUUCAAACAGUACGUGUCCCACAACCAAUUCCAGUCGAACGUGCAGUACUUGUAAGGCAACCAUUUCCAGUGCCACAACCGUAUCCCGUACGUCAACUUGUGCAACAACCAAUACCAAUACCACAACCGUACCCUGUACGUGAGGUUGUACGGCAAUAUGUUCCAGUCCCACAACCAUAUCCUGUUCGUAUACUUCAACCAGUACCGUUUAUACAACCUCAACCUCAACCGAUCCCAAUACCUCAACCGGUCCCAAUACAACCCGUACUACAACCCAUAUUGUACCCACCACGACCAUCUUGUCCACUCUGUGGGGUAGGUGGCUGUCAACAAGUAUCUGGAAUGCUCACAUGUAGACCAUACGGACCUAAUUUUGGAUACUAUGGAAGUAUUGGUAGCUCUCCAAUAAGCAUGGGAGCUGGAAGUUUACCAUUGUAUGGUAGUGGUGGAAUUGCUAGUCAAGUAUUAUAUUCUACAGGAAAUACAUCAAAUUUAGGAAUUGAAAAUCGCGAAAUAGUACAACAACCAUCCCCAUUGAUUGGAUCAACUCUGGCACAGUUUAAUACUGACAUUCUAGGUUCCGAUCCAACAAUCGCCAAUCAAAAUGUACUUAAUACAGCCGGAGCAUCGUACGCUUUACCAGCGACUGGUCAAAUGGGCGGCUAUGCAUAUGAUAACCAAUUGGGAGGAUACGGUGCCGGUGCACCAUUAGGUGGAUACAUUGGCGGGGCGCAAUUAGGCGCAUAUCCUGGUAGCGUUCAAUACUCAACGGAUCAAUUAGGACAAGGAUAUGGUGCUGGAGGUGUACAAUACAUACAAUCCCAACCCGGUGUACAAUACGCAACCGUUACUGGAAAUCAAACAGUACCAAUACAGACAUUACCUGGUGUUCUAUCUGAUCAAUCGAAUAUUGGUCAAUAUCAAUAUGCCGGUGUAGCCAAUGCAAAUGUAUAUCCAGGAACGGGUACAUAUUCUGCGAUUGGAAAUCCAGGAACAACGUAUAAUAUGACAUCAACAGAUACAUCUACUGCCCGUCCAUAUGGAUUACAUCAAUUUUUUAAUAAUUAAUCUACAAUUAGUUAAGAAUAACUACUUUAAAUCUGCCAUUUUAUAAUCAUUAAAUUAAUGUAUAUUUUAAUUAUAUUAAUGAAAACCUUAAAAAAAGUAUUUUCAAUAUUAAUGAAACAUGACAUAUCAAUAUGUUCAAAAUUCUUGUAGAAAAAGAACUAGAAAUAUAAAGCAAAUAAAUAAUUUACUUAUUUAAAAA